GCCGUCGUCGCAGCAAGAACGUUCCACCAGAAAAAUGAAAGUCCUUAUCCUGGCUGUCUGCAGCUUGGCUUUGGUAGCCGCCGAUGUCUCGCAUUUGUUCGGUCAUGAUCACCAUGAUCACCACGAUCAUCCUGGCUACAACUAUGACCCACCGAAUAUCCCCUUCGACCUGCCCACUCCGGCACCGACAUAUUUGCCCCCGGAACCCGUGACCAUUCGAGUGGCUCCUGUGACCCUGCCACCUCCAGUUUAUCUGCCUCCUGCGACCGCGAAACCGGUGGUUCCUAUUGUCAGGACUCCCCAGCCAACAUACCUGCCUCCUCCACCACCGGUGUUGAAGGUUAACCCACCGAAGCCAGCCUAUCUGCCUCCUCCGCCACCAGUUGUGAAGGUCAACCCACCGAAGCCAGCUUACUUGCCUCCCCCAACACCAGUUGUGAAGGUCAACCCGCCCAAGCCCGCAUAUCUACCUCCUGCACCUCCGGUUGUGAAGGUCAACCCACCCAAGCCUGCCUAUCUGCCACCUCCACCACCAGUGGUCCAGGUCAAACCACCCAAGCCCGCCUAUGUGCCUCCUCCGCCACCAGUUGUGAAGGUCAACCCACCCAAGCCUGCCUAUCUGCCUCCCCCACCACCAGUAGUCAAGGUCAACCCACCACCACCCGUGGUGGAGCACCCCCGCUAUGAGGCUCCCGCCGUUGUGCCCACCUUCAAGAUCCCUAUUCCAUCGUACGCCGCUCCCCUGGAGGAACCCGUCAACACCUAUCUGCCGCCCCAGGAGAUCGUCGAGCCAAAGGAUGACGGCUACCACUAUGAUCCCCCAGCCGAGCCGUUCCUUUUCUAAAUAUCACCCAUCCUUAGCCAUUAAUUAAUUGUUGCCUUCGAAUGUCACGUGUAUUUACCUAUAGUUAUUUAUUGUUUACCCGGCUCAG